AUGGAGGGAAGCAAUAGGUGGAAAGAUACGGUUAAGGUGUUUUGGGAGUCCCCCUUCAGCACCACCCCGGAGCCGGGAAACCGCGGGGAGGUGGAACGGGAGCAGCUAGCCUUCAACCGGCUCAUACCUUUCAGCGGAGCUAGCCCCUUCUCGAACCAGAAAGGCUCGGGUUGCCUGCUGGGGUUGACGAUGGGCGACCUGGUCUGGCGGCGGGCUGAUGGUUCGCGGGUGCUGAAGGACGAAAAGAUUUUGGCAUGCGAGCUCGGAAGUGGGGAAGCGGCAAAGUGGGCUCUAAAAGCUUUCGCGGCGGCGCCGGCCGGUUGGAGAGACAUGCUGCUGGAAACCCUGACAAGUGAUGAGAUAGGGGCCAAGGUCCCCCUGCUGCGGUACCAGAGGGAAAACACUGCGAACCCCACAAUCUGGAAGGUCAUCGGCACGGAAGGCGGCAGCGUGACGGGGGUGAUGUGCCGAGAAGGGGACGACGGGACUUUUACAGUCAGCGGAAGGCGCUACUCGGUUAAUUUCGGGCUACAUAGCGGGGAGCCGGUUGCAGCUCAAGGUGAUAAGGUGCUGGGGCUCAUGGGGGAGGCGCGGACAAAGCUAGUGCAGUCCAAGCUGAGCAAAGAUGGGGAGAUGGUGCCGCUGAAAGAAUCAGGAAGGCGUUGGUUAGCUCGGCAGGCACUAUGA